AUGAGGAUCGAUUUUAUAUGGAUUUUACUUCUGGUCUUGGCUUUUGGUGUAGUGCACACCAAGCCAAUUCAAGCACAUCUCAAAGAGAACAACGAUGAUUAUAGGGAAACAAAACGCGGUGCCACGUCCGAAUUUCAAAAUGAACAAGUUAUAUCCGUAAGAAUUACAUCGUCUGUUGCAGUAGGUAGAGGCAAAGAAAAAACGAAUAAACCAUCUGAAAAUAAACAAUUGUUGAAUACCAACAUCACAAUGCCACCGACAUUUAAUACUCAAAUUACAAAUACAACAAAUACAACAAAUCUAACGACAAUCGAAGACAUUGAAGACGAAAACGUAACUGACGUAAUGCUAAAAUAUGCUGGUGCCAAUUUAGAUUAUAUCAAGCAACUACAAGCACGGAAAGAAGCAAGAGGCGUAAAUAAUUUUGAAAAGGCGAAUCCUUUUGAAACGGAUAUUAAACAAUUUAAUCACAACAUUUCCGAAGAGUAUACAACCGAAUUUUCUGAUAAAACAGUGACUGAUGUAGAAGCCACAGCAAGUGAAACUGAUGAAACAGUUGAAAAUGUUCCAAUUGGGAGAUCUAUUUCAUCUUUGUCUGCAAAAAAAUAUGUACAAACUUUAACGCAUGAAUCAUUGUUCGAAAGGGACGAAAAUACACGAUUAACUACAGUUAGUUUUAAUAUUGUUCAUGACGGUCCCAAGCAUCCAUCUAGUUAUGAGCACCCCAAUAAUAGUUUAGGUCAAAAUAAAGCUUUUUAUAAUGCCCAUCCAAAGGUUUAUAGUCAACCAGCUCAGGUGUAUAGUGAGCCGGCUAAAUUUUACAGUGAACCAGCUAAAUUCUACAGCGAACCAGCUAAAAUUUACAGCGAACCAGCAAAAAUUUACAGCGAACCGGCUAAGGUAUACAGUGAACCUGCAAAAAUUUACAGUGAACCAGCUAAAUAUUACAGUCAACCAGCUUCUUUACAUCUCACACCGGAACCUCUACCGAACCAUACGCCUUGGCGACCACGUUCACAAACUACACCUGUAACUAGUUCGACAAAUGAGGCAGAUAUAAGCACAACACCAAUUACUACUAUAGACUACAAAAUGAAUACUGAGGCGUACAUAGAACAUCAACCUGAAAAAAAUUACGAAGUAGAUGAAAAAAUUAGUGUUAUGACAGAAGGCCGUAGUCACGGCGUACAGAAGCCAAACAACGAAAACUGCAAACAGGAAAACUGCAAAGUGGGCUACGUAGUUGAAGGCAGACAGUAUAAAAAGUACCGCGUUGAAGAAAGGACUCCAGACGGGUUCAUUGUCGGGGAGUAUGGUGUAGUUAGAAACGAGGAUGGAGCGCUUAGAGGCGUUAGGUAUACAGCAGAUAGUGAAGCCAGCCCCCGUCUUAUACAAGACGCACUUAUGAAGUUCCUGCAGCUUAAAUAG